AUGUCGGACCAUCAAGCGCUCGUUGAAGCGCUCCUGAUGAAAUCAAUACUUGGCCAAGGGCUUGUUGAUACGAAGUUCCACUUAUUUUCAGGCUGUUCGGCACAUUCACGUAAAGUCUCCCAAGUGCAGGCUUUGUCGGCCAAUGAUGUUGUCCUGACUGCGCGCUCUGAUUUUUUUGCUGAGCGCAAGUUAUUUUUUACAUGUGAAGGUGGUGAGCUCGCUUACGAUCUGAGUUUGACAGUAUUGUCGAGAACGGGACCACCUGACGCUACGUUUGUCGACUUUGAUGAUGACUCGGCGUUCGAGGAUGGCAUGGGAUUUGAUGAUUAUGGAUACGCUUCUGACAGUGAUCUUGAAGAUGAAGAUGUUGAAAAAGCUAGUCAAACGCCGGUCAGGAGCGAAACCGCCACCCCCGAGGGAAACACGAGUGAAUUAGAUGAAAAUGACGAUGAUUUACUUGUCGUGGCGGAUGUAACGCCUAUCACCUCUCCCCUAAUUCAACAUAAGGUACCAGAUGUCAACUGCCGGAACAUACUGGUUCGAGACACGGCUUUCAGGACGUGGAAAGCGCUCCUGCUUUAUCUGUACACGAACAAGAUCGUCUUUUCCCCACUCAAGUCUCAGGGACAGCCCAGAGCUGAUGUGGAAGGCCCUAACCCUAGCACGUUGUGGCCUUGCUCACCAAAGUCCAUGUAUCGUUUAGGGUGCAAGGUUCGACUCGAUAGUGUUCGUGACCAAGCUUUCCGUGCAAUACGCGAUAGUUUGAACGCAGAAAACAUUCUCCAAGAGCUUUCCUCUUCAUUUACAUCCAAGUAUCCUGCAAUCUUGCAAAUGCAGGUACAAGUCCUAAUCCAGCACAUCGCGUCUGUCCCUGUUAUCCAGAAUAUCCCGGCGCUGGUCAGGAGGAUUGUUGAUUCGCAGUUACCUCAUGGUGCAGAUAUUAUCAUUGAUUUGUACCAAAAAUUCCUGCUGCAGUGCCAUCCUCGAGCGCUUGCGCUUGCAAAUUCGCCGACAGAGAAGGAGCCGUCACCUCAACCUGGAGCCUUCGGACAGAGUGGAGUGGGAGCGCCUGUUAGUAUCUUCGGACAAAGCGGAGCGGCAGCGCCUGUUAGUGUCUUCGGACAAAGUGGAGCGGGAGUGCCUGUUAAUAUCUUCGGACAAAGUGGAGCGGGAGUGCCUGUUAAUAUCUUCGGACAAAGUGCUUCGAGAGGUGCCAAACCCCAAGAAGAAGAAAGACAGGGUGCGGGAUCGAGUCUCUUCGGACAAAGUUCUUCGAGGGGUGGCAAGUCCAAGAAAAAGUAG